AUGGACCAAACCAAUGUGGGCAAUAUGAACAAUUACUAUGAAAGGCAGUACUCGCAGGAGGAUCUGCAGAGGCUGGCGGACCUGAGCAAUCAUGAUGCGAUGAUGGGCAUCAUAGGUCCGAAUGGAGUGGAUGCCUCAGGCAUGAUGGGUGGCCAUACAUUGGACGACUUCAUCAAUCAGAAUCAGAAGGAGAUACAGCGGAGAAGCAGCUUUCACCAAUCUAACACCUACACUUCCAACCGACCGAUACCAGAGAUGGAUUCCAGAAGGUCAUCGAUGUUGGAAUUCGGUCCUGGAAAUAACAGCGACCUCGAAGGUUUCCAAUUCGAUCCAACUCCCGUUUCAACAAACUCUGGGAUGCAGCGUCCCGGGAACAUUGCUCAACGAAGACUCGACAGCCAAAGAGCGAGACGGCAGUUAUCCAACGAGCAUCUUGCACUCAAUACAAGCUUCCACAGCAUGGCUCCAAACUAUACACCAAUCUCAUCAUCCUCACCCUACGGCCAUAAUCUUGAUUCUGCAGAGUCGCUCGGCUACGACAUGUCCGGAAGCUACCUGUCUAACAACAUGCUUAUGGCAAUGGAUUUUUCCGGUUUGGACCACGGCACGAAUGGCGAUAUAACCCCAAGGAAUGCGUAUACGGGCAACAAUUUCACAACCGACAUGUCCACUCCGCCUAUGCAGCAGAAUAUGUCCUCUUCGAUACCCGAGCAAAUGCAUGAUCCUGGAGGAGGUAGUAUGCUUGGUCUCGGUACUCAAGACGGGAUGGCAAAGAUGCCAAAUAUGCCAGUCUCAGAUCAGAUGCAAAAUUUGCAAGUCAAUCUUAGCCAACCCCAGAUCUCUAUGUCGAACACGAGCCCUCCGAUGGAGAUGUCAGGAUCCCAUGCUCUACCCGAUCUCGAUCCCCCUCAAAAGCCUCGGCCGACUCCUAACCUUGAUAUCACUACCAACAACGGGGUACCUUAUCAGGGUCAAGGGAGUGCUUCACAACAGGUAAUACCCCAAUAUCGUAACGCCUAUUCAUCCAGCGGUUUUGAUAUGCUUGGAGUCCUUAUGAGAGUCGCUGCGAGGCCAAAACCACAGAUCAACAUAGGAGCGGUCGAUAUGUCAUGUGCCUUCGUCGUAUGCGACGUGACUCAGCACGACAUACCGAUUGUAUAUUGCUCCGAUGUCUUUGAACGUUUGACCGCCUAUACACGGCACGAGAUAUUGGGGAGAAAUUGCCGUUUCCUCCAAUCCCCGGACGGCAAAAUUCAAACGGGCGUAAAGCGAAAGUAUGUCGACGAUCAAUCCGUGUUUCGCAUCAAGAACAUGAUCAAUCAAAGGCAAGAAACGCAGAUCAGUCUGAUCAAUUAUCGGAAAGGAGGACAACCGUUUAUGAAUUUGCUUACUAUGAUACCGAUAACAUGGGACAGCGACGAAAUCAAGUACUACGUUGGGUUUCAGGUUGACCUUGUUGAACAGCCGACAUCCAUAACAAACAAGAAUCCUGAUGGGUCAUACAGCAUUAACUAUCAGCGCGGCUUGCUGCCACGAUAUGUCGUCCCCGAUCAUCCUGGCCAUCAGAACUCUGAGCUUGGCCAGACUGUUGCUCGUGAUGAUGUUUCUACAGUUCUCAGUACUAUUGGUUCUGGGGAAUCUGAGUUAUCAAAACGAAUAUGGGACAAGGUCCUGCUCGAGAACACUGACGAUGUUGUGCACGUCCUGUCCCUGAAGGGGCUCUUCCUCUACCUGUCUCCGUCGAGUCGCAAAGUUCUCGAAUAUGAUCCUAGCGAGCUUGUGGGCACAGCAUUGUCUUCUGUCUGCCACCCAAGCGACAUCGUCCCGGUUACGCGGGAACUCAAAGAUACUUCGACUGGAGCUGCUGUCAACGUGGUCUUUAGGAUUCGGCGAAAACACAGCGGCUAUACCUGGUUUGAGAGUCAUGGGUCACUUCAUCUCGAGCAAGGGAAGGGCCGGAAGUGUAUAAUCAUGGUAGGACGAGAACGCCCAGUGUACGCAUUGGCAAGGGAGGACAUCAUGUCUGCUGGUGGCUUUGGCGAGAGUGAGCUGUGGACUAAGAUGUCCACGUCAGGCAUGUUCCUGUUCGUUUCAUCUAAUGUCCGCAGUCUUCUCGACCGUCAGCCCGAAGAUCUCGUUGGAACCAGUUGUCAAGCACUCAUGCGGGCAGAGUCGAAGCUGGAAUUCGGCAAAAUGCUAGAGGUUGCUCGCACAGGUGUUCGAGCAACUUUCAAGCAUGACGUACAGAACAAGCGGGGCCAAACGCUGCAAGCUCGGACGACAAUCUACCCGGGAGAUGCAUGCGAGGGCCAGAAGCCUACAUUUUUAGUGGCACAAACGCGAUUACUGAAGUUGCCACGCACUCUGAAUAGACAAGCAUCCAACAUAUCCCCAAAGACGGAACAAAAGUCCUCGAGUCCCGCAUCGUCUGCCGGUGGCGCCUCCGGUGGCAAUCAGACACCCAAAUCGGCUCCUGGAAAUGUGAAGCCGGAUGGAGUGACCACGCAGGCAGGUGGAAUGGGUCUCGUCAUCGGUAACCAGCACGAAGCUCUCGCAUCAGAGGAUAACGUCUUCGAUGAACUGAAGACUACAAGGAGUACCAGUUGGCAAUUUGAACUCCGCCAGAUGGAGAAGAGAAACAGGUUGCUUGCAGAAGAGCUACAGAGUCUGCUCUCUAGUAAGAAGAAGAGGAAAAGGCGAAAUGGUGCGGGUAACAUGCAGAAAAAUUGCGCUAAUUGUCAUACGAUGGUCACGCCUGAGUGGAGGCGAGGCCCGAGUGGUAAUCGCGAUCUGUGUAAUAGUUGCGGGCUUAGAUGGGCUAAAGAGAAUGGCCGAGUCACACCACGUACAUCGUCACAAAAAAGCGACAAGGAUUCCGCCUCGCCUGCAGGAACCAACAGUCUCAAUCUUCUCACCGCGGUCGAGCAGAUGCCUGACAACAAAUCAGUACCUGCGCCAGAUCAGAGGUCACCCCAAGCCCUCAACGCUGAUUCGCACAACGCGAAGAUGGCGCGAAUGGAAGCGUCUGCAUCUCAGGGUUUCGGCGGAGGCAUCCCACCAAAGAUUGAGGAAGGUAUAGAACCAGGCGAGAAACAGAUGAGGCCGCCGCCGCCGAUUUAG